AUGUCUUUCGAUAUCAGGGGCUGGAACUUCGACAUUGAUCGGUUUAUUGACCCGUUCGUGCCGGCGCCGAGGUGGCAUCUUGUUCCAAGGCCUAUAGCCCAUUUCUUGGGAUAUCGCGAUACACCGAACAAGCCAUUGGGGAAUGUCCUGACUGCCUUCUGGUCCCUGAUCGGUGCUUUCUGCGGUGUGGCCCUGGUGGCCGAAGUAUCCAAGCGAGUGCCUUCGAUCGUGGCACGAGAUGCUCCAAAGGUUGUCGGUAGCUUUGGUGCCGCUGCAGUAAUUGAAUUCUACGCCAUCGAGUCACCCUUUGCACAGCCUCGGAACGCAUUUAUUAGUCAGAUGUUUGCCUGCCUUAUCGGCGUUGGCAUAUCCAAGCUUUUAGCUCUGAACUCUCACGCCGAAGAAUACACUGCACUCGGGGGAGCCCUCGCUUGUGGCCUUACCACGGCAGUCAUGGGCCUCACAGGCACUGUACACCCGCCGGCGGGUGCAACGGCCUUACUAGCUGUCACCAAUUCUCAAACAGCUGGACUUGGCUGGUUUUUGUUCCCGGUCAUGCUGCUUGGGAUAACGCUGAUGCAGAUUACGGCCUUAAUUGUCAAUAAUAUUCAGCGGCGGUUUCCUUUGUAUUGGUGGACACCGCAUCCUCUGUCACAGUCCAAGGAUACAGAUGAGGAGAAGGAUCAUCAGAAGGCAGGAUCUGAUGUGCCAAGUCACUACGAGGCAAGUUUAACAGACGUUCCUCGGCGAGUGGUGGUUGAACGAGGGGACUUCUGGGUUCCUGAUGGGCUUUACCUAUCAGAAGUUGAGAAACGAGUCUUAGGGGCAAUCAGCGAACGUAUAUAA